GUCGUUGAGCGGUCGUUGAGAGAUGUAUGGACGUUUGGCAGUGUUUUGUAGAAGAGGGAGUGUGUGUAUAUCUUGCUCAUUUGGAAAAUCGUUUGAUUUGCAGCGGCGAAUAUUUCUGGUGACAAAGUAGGAGGACCAAAUAAUGUGGUUAACCGAGUGUCAUGUGGAGACCUCAGAGAGUGUCAUGUUGGGAUGGAGGUAGAACUCUGGGGCCGUGUCCAAUUUCAGCGUGUUGGACGAUUCCUCACUUUGAGGGAUCAGUAUGGCAUGACCCAGGUUGUUGCUCCAGAUGAACGCCCUGAUAUUGGCCGCCGUCUUUCCAAUAUGCCUCUUGACUCAUAUGUUGCUGUGAGAGGAUGGGUGUACCCUCGUCCUCCUGGACAGCGUAAUGUGAGGAUGCCUACAGGUGGUAUAGAAGUAAUCAUCAAGGAGUUCAGAAUGGUCCAGCCAGGAAAAAAAUCAUCUGAUAAUGCUUCAAAAUCAAACUCCAACAAAAAUACAGAUCAAAAUAAGUCCCUGCCUACACAUAACAGGCUUACAAGUGAAGAAUUUGCAAAGUGUGAGUCACCAAGUGUAACAAGUAGAUUUGCGCGCCGAACACAUACCUGUGGAGAUUUGAAUGAGGACACAAUUGGACAAGAAGUUCAUCUGUGUGGUUGGGUGGAACUAAAGAGGCUGGGACGGUUUCUUACACUGCGAGAUGGUUAUGGUGCAGCUCAACUUGUUGCGCCGAACAAUCGUCCAGAUAUUAGUCAGCAAAUUGGUAAUAUUCAAUUGGAUACUGUAGUCACAGUAAAGGGGCUGGUGUGCGCUCGACCACCAGGACAAAGGAAUGUGAGAAUGCCGACUGGAGCUAUUGAAGUGUCAGUAACAGAGUUGGAAGUUGUGAAUCCCAGUGAGAAAAUUGAACCUGCACUGCCUGAACCAACUAUUGAUCUGUCUAUGCAGAUACGUAACUUUUCUACUUCGAGUAAUAGUUCACCUGAAGAAACAAAAUCAAUGAAAGCAGUUCCAGGCACCAACAGAUUCACUCAGCGUACUCAUACUUGUGGAGAGUUGCGAGACUAUCACAUUGGACAGGAAGUAAGAUUGUGUGGGUGGAUAGAAUAUCAGCGCAUGGCAAAAUUUGUCACCUUGCGAGAUGCUUAUGGCUCCACGCAACUUGUUGUGCCUGAUGAUAGAAAAGAUAUUGUCCAGCAGCUGGAUAAUAUUCCAUUUGAGUCAGUAGUUGCCACGAGUGGUCUUGUGUGCCGUAGACCACCAGCCCAGGAGAAUCUGAAUAUGCCAACAGGAAGUGUGGAAGUUGUCUUAAAAGAAUUUAACGUCAUCAACCCUGCAAAAAAGCAGCUGCCAUUUGUCAUUCGGGACUUCCACAAGGCCAAAGAGCCUCUGAGGUUAAAGUAUCGCUAUCUAGACCUCCGUUUCCCAGAGAUGCAACACAAUCUUCGGCUUCGUUCCAAAGUCCUGAUGAGCAUGAGGGAAUAUUUGUGCAAUCACUGUGACUUUGUGGAAGUAGAAACACCAACACUGUUCCGAAGAACUCCUGGGGGUGCACAAGAAUUUGUGGUUCCAUCAAGGCUGGCUGGUCAGUUCUACUCAUUGGUUCAGAGCCCACAGCAGUUCAAGCAGCUGUUAAUGGUUGGUGCAAUUGACCGCUAUUUCCAAGUUGCUCGUUGUUAUCGAGAUGAAGGAGCUCGACCAGACAGACAACCUGAAUUCACUCAGCUAGACAUUGAGCUGUCAUUUUCAGAUCGUGAGGGACUUUUCUCUCUGGUUGAAGGUCUGCUAGAGCACUGCUGGCCACAUGAGAAAGAAAAUGGAAUCUCUGUUCCAUUCCCCAGGAUGACAUAUGCGGAAGCAAUGGAGCUAUAUGGAACUGAUAAGCCUGAUACACGUUUUGAAAUGAAGCUCAAAGAUGUGGCACAUGCAGUCAAAUUGAGCGAUUCAACUGGAAUGGAAGUUUCAGACUUCACAGCUCAAGCAGUUGUUGUGCCAAAAGGAAGUGUUCAUCUAACAACAACAAUAAAAAAUAAGUAUGAAGGCUUGGCCAAGAAACAGUUUUCUUCCACUAAGCUGAUACUGAGUAAAGUGACAUCUGUUGAGGACUGGGAGGAGAAUCUACAAAAAAACUUCAGUACUGUUGUAGUCACAGCUCUGAAAGAGAAGCUAGAUCCAGAACCUUUUGACUUAAUUAUGCUGGCUCUUGGAGACAGACAGCAAGUUCUGAAGCUGCUUGGUAAGUUGAGGGUGGAUUAUGUAGACUACUUGGAAAGUAAAGGUGUAAAUCAUCAUCGAACUUCACGUUUCAAUUUCUUGUGGGUUCUGGAUUUCCCACUGUUCUUCCCAGGAGAGAAACCAGGCAGUUUUGAAACAGCCCAUCACCCAUUCACACAGCCACAUCCAGAUGAUAUUUAUAUUCUUCAGAAAGAUCCUCUUAGGGCAAGAAGUUUGCAUUAUGACUUAGUGCUGAAUGGUUGUGAAGUUGGUGGAGGCUCUAUUCGUAUUCAUGAUCCAGUUCUGCAGCUGUACGUGCUAAAGGACAUACUUGAUAUAGAUCCCAGUUCUCUGCAACAUCUACUGGAUGCACUACAUAGUGGCUGUCCACCACAUGGUGGUAUUGCACUGGGUAUUGACAGGCUUAUAGCAUUGUUAUGUGGUUCUGAUAGUAUACGUGAUGUAAUCGCUUUCCCAAAGAGUUUGGAAGGUAAAGACCUCAUGUCAGGUGCUCCUGUUUCAAUCUCAGAUGAAGAGAAAGCCCUCUAUCACAUCCAGACUGUACAUUCAGCACCAAUGGAACAGGACACAAGUACCAGUGCAUUGGUCUGUGCACCAUAAAGGGGUGUGAUUAUGAAUUUUAGAAGCAAUAUAAAACAGGUAUUUACUGGAAAAAGACAGUUGAGAUAUGCUUACCUGAUAGGUAAGUAACAUUCAUUCCUGAUUAUGGAAUAGCUCUUAAAUAAUGGAUAAUGUGUGGUUAUUCUCAUAUUAAUUUCUAGUACCCAGUAGGUACAAUUUCUUAAGUUAAAGAUAUGGUAUUGCCCUUCUUUUCAAUCUGAAUGUCUGUUGACUGAAAAAGGCUGUAAUAUGUGACAAAAUCCUUUAUUUUGAAGGAGAAUAAUAAAGAGUUUAUUACAUCUGAAUGACACCUAAAAUACACGAUGUGCAGUCUGUAUUGUCAGCAGUCAUGACUAUAAGAAUGUUGAAUAUCUACAAGUUUAUCUAGCACAAACCACAUUUAUUUUUGAAAUUGGAAGAAGAAACAGUUACAAAUUUUAGGCUUUCGCAGCAUUUUGUUAGUUACAGUGAAUCAAUUUUUGUGUGAUAGCACUGUGCAGAAGUGGUCUAUGUUGCCAACAUUUUGGAAGAACUUUUCAGCCUGUAUCUUUCUGAAGAUGGGGACAAAACUGUCACACAAAACAGGAUCAGUAUGAACAAAGAAUUCUUUUAUAUAGUAACUAUGAAGAAAGAAUUCUUUUGCUUAGUAAAUGGAUUUUAUGAAAGGUGUUUGCAGCUUGAUUAAUGACCUCAUCCGAAACUGGACCAGUGCCAAAAAUUUAAAUUUGUUUAUAUUGCUGGUUAUUUAAGGAAAGAUUUGCUGUGUAUUCAAACAUACUGUACUUAGAAAAGCAUUGCGGUCAACACAGUGGGGAGACCAGAGAACCAGAUUUAUUUGUCAUUUGUAUAUGCAUAAUCAUAAAACUUUGAUAAAGUUUCGUAAGUAAAAUAUUUGCAUGUAACUACAGUCUAAGCAGAAGAGUGGAUGGGCAGGAGGGCAAAAAGCUUUUUCUGAAAACUAGAAAUAUUGGGUAUGUUUGGAAUUUUGAGUGUCAGAUUUGUUUUACGAUAAUAAUCUGUUUAAAAAAGAUUAAAUGCACUGCUCUUCCUCCCAAAGUAACCAGUCAUUAAACUCCGUUUUCUGCAUUGCUGUAUCACACUGGGUGACUAAUAGUUACUUGUUCUGUUUUCUGCCUUGGAUGCUUCCUCUUAAUCCUUUAAAGAUUAUCAUAGAGAAAGAGAAUGCUGAGUCCUCAGAAAGUAAUGUAAAACUAUUUGAAGGAAAAAUUAUAUGUUCUUUUGACAGUAAUAAAGAGAUGGGACAAACUGGU